CCGGCUAGUGGGGACAUUUUGAAUUGACCAAAGUGAAACGGCGUUCGAAAGAGUCUGUUAAAAACUUAAAAACAUAAGGCUUUAAUUGCAUCUGGCUUAUGCACUGUUGAUGUUUGAUGAUUGACUGAAAGGAGAAGAUCCAGUAGGAUGGUGAAGAGCUUAGACACUUGAGGGCUUUUUUAUAUCCCAGGCAAGCUCAUCCCAUCAAGAGCCUGUCUCAGAGACCCCGCCACACCCUAUUGAGGAUGGCCAGUCAGGAGAAGGAGGCGGAGACUCUCCCUGAGUGCAGCACAGAGGACACGCCUCUUAAGUCUGAGACCACACCCACAAGCUCCCCGCCCGGCGAGGAGGCAGCAGGGAGCACGCUCUCGGAGAGCUGCUCGGCCGGACUUCUCUCGAUGCCCUGCCUGCUCAAAGACCUCCGGCCCCAGAACACGAGCUCCAGCGGGGGCACGCGGGCACACGAGGAGAGCGACUCUUCCCCCUGCCUGCUCUCGCCGUCCUCCUCCGGCCACCUGGGCGACUCGGACACGCAGUCGUCGGCGGAGGAAGGCACGCGCCACACCACAGGCCCCGGCUCGGUGGUGGCCGGCUCUGUCGCUGCUGGGGAUGCGGCGGCCACGGGCAGGAAGUCUCGCCGCUCGCACUCUGAGAGCGACACGCCGAACGCCUCCAUGGCGGCCAAGAAGAACCGGUGCCAGGAGCGGCAGGCCAACGGGCGGGUGCGUGUCCGGGGCCACCGGAGCCGGCUGCAGAAGGAGCGCAUGCGCAUGCGCCGACAGAAAAGGGAGGCGGCCGCGAGGCGCAAGCCGGACCUGCUGCAGGACAGCAGCACGUCUGACAGCGACAUCACCGCACAGUCGUCGUCAUCAUCGUCGUCAUCGUCAUCAUCAUCAGAUAAUGAGCAUGGUGCUGGCAUCAAUUCACAUACACCAGUUGGCCCAGAGGUGGUCGGGCAUUAUGACCUAUCAGACACCCACUCAGAGCAGGAGCAGCCUUCACACCCCCACUCACUGGCCCCCUCAGGUGAGGCAGAUGCAAAGCCGCAGGUGAGUCGACCCUCCUCCGAUAGUGAAGUGGAGAUUGUCGGCGUUCAGGAGAAUCCCAGGUUUCCACGUGGAGGCGUCAUUCAAUCUCUGUCCUCCUGGAAGACUGGGGCCAAGCCCACGUGGAACACAAACCCCAACCAGUCCGGAUGGGCACCACCCUCAGAAGUGGUGGAUUUGACACUGGAGGAGGACAGACAGAGAUACCUGCUGUGACACACAUAAACAAACACACACAUAUACCUACUGUAAGAGAUGCCCUCAAACACACAGAAACCUGCUGUAACACACACACACACACACACACCCCUACCCCUACCUGCUUUACGACAUGCACACACACUCACAGGUGUGCCCCUUUACAUUGACAACUGCAGUAAAACCCACAAUGUUUUGUACAGUCCCAUAGAUUCCAAUGGGUGGAUACACUACAUAUCAUAAACACAUGGAACAUGCACACACGCACACACUGCUUUGAAUUGCAGACACUUACUUACACAAGCACAUUGACGCUUUGAGGUGUGUGCACUGAUCAAUAUUAGCCUGAGUCCUCCUUAUCUUCCUUUAUACCCGUGUCAGGUCUUAGCUAAUAAGCAAUAUGAUUGUGUGUUUGUGUGUGUGUGUGACCAAGUGAGGGUCCCAUAAUAAGCUGCUGCUUGAGGAAUGUAUGUGUAGUUGUGUGUGUGUGUGUGUGUGUGUGUGUGUGUGUGUCUGUCUGUCUGUCUGUCUGUGAGAGAGACAGGGAAAAGGAUAUAUACUCUUUAAGAAGCUGCUGCACGAGUUGUUUGUAAUGCAGAGGCUCGAGACGAUAAAAUUUUGUUGUCGCUGCUGCACUUUAGAGACUUCACAAUCAUGAAUUCACAAUCACGAUCGGGCGUACACUCUCAGAAAAAAACACAGGCUAACCUGUUAGGAGGGUUUCGCUCGUUCUCUCCUGAGAGAACCUGAAUGGGUUGUCAAGCAGAACAUGACUCAAAGAGUACGCUCUCCCUCAUUCAUAUACACACACACACACACACACACUACACACCACACACCUCCUAGAGUGCAGGUGCUGUUUGCCCUAACUAAGCAGAUUAUUUUUCCCUUUUAAAUUAUGUACAGACCCUCUGUCCCUGGUACUCACACUGUUACUGUCACAUUAAGCAUCAUUUUUACCAGCUCUAACAAUUAAACUGCCAACUGUCUAGCUGGAAAUCUUAGAUAACAAAGCUUUUUUGCCUUUUAUUUUUCCUCUUACCUUCAAUAGACGAUUGUUUUGUUUUGCAUCAAGACUGUCAUGUUGAUGGGUCAUAUGACAACCUCUGUAUGAAUACUGCAGCAUUUGAGGGGAGACAUGCACUUGGAUAUUUAGAGGCGUAAGCUGUACAAACUGCUCAAUCUGUAUGCAGUGGGGAAUGCUUAGGGAAUUAUGUAUGUGUAAUGGAGAAUAAGGGGGUGGAUUCAUAUACUUUGAAACAUACUUUAACAGACUGAUGAACCAGACAGCACUUCAGCAUCAUGUCAUUACAUUUUUCUUGUCUCAGUUCUCAUGGAAGGCACUGUUUUGCCUCAUGUCUGUUUAUAUGUGUGUGUUUGUGUGUGUAUGUGUGUGUGUUUGUGUAUGCGAGUCUGCUAAAUAGGGUUGCAAAUACUUGCUCCUACCUGUGUGAAAAUCCUGAUUUGUGUGUACUUGCAUCAUAUGUGUUCCUGUAUUGUUUGUGGGUACCAGUCAAUCGCAGAUAUAAAUUCAUGUGUCACUAUGUUUUGUACUCACAUCAUGUUUUCUAAUCCUCUACACACAUUUGAAAAGUGAUUCUCUUUGCUGUUUUUGUUGUAGUAACUCUGAAGGGACAGUGAAAACUCAGUCCCUAAAGUUCCUUAGUAUUCCAGACUUGAUUGCAGGUGUUUCUGAGCAUUUAAAAACAUCAGGGCCCAAAAAUGUAAACAAAUGCAACAAAAACAAAGAUACGAGACUCAAAGAAUGCACAUGAACGUCCUGAAUUUUGAAUAAUAUUUACAAUGAGUUUAAUAACAAACACACCUUCCCUUGCAUGUCCAUGUUCUUGCUGACACAACACCCUACAGCACUUUUCCUCACCAAUACACACAUGUAAGUGCAUUCAGUCCUCCUGUUCAUCCACAGGAUCUCUCUGCUGGGGGUCUCACUGUCCUCUUCACCCUUAGGUCACAGAGUCUCAGCCUACUGGCCUGAUUAUUGGCUAAUAAUUGAUGUCUCUCACCUUGAUGGACAACACCAGAGUUCUGAUGUACAAAAGCAGGAAGAGGAGGAAAGAUGAACCUCUAAAGGAGGAACACUGCUAGGCUACCGCAUUAAAUGAGCCCCAAAUACAUACAUACAUACCUAAAUACACUUACACUACAGCAGUGUUUCCCCACAGGUCAGCUAUAUAUAUAUAUAUAUAUAUGCGAUGGUAAAUGCUAUUCUGAAGUGAAGUCAUAUUUCAUGUAAUAUUGGUGAGAUGGGGUUGACACAUUAAGACUGGUCAAUGUAAAUGUGUGUACAUCUUAUGUGUGGGAAACUACUGAUGUCCUCAUACACUUCUACAUCUGAUGAUGAUUUAAGUUCUACUGCAUCCCAUCCUAUAUGAACGUACAUCAAACAUUCAUUACAUGUGUGUUACAGCAUUGAGUCUCUCUCUCUCUCACACACACACACACACACACACAUCUGACAUCCAUCACUGAUUCUUAUGGAGCGUCUCUCCCUGUGACCCCCCCUCUGCUCCUUUUCCUUCAUCAGUAUUUAGGAGGAAUGUUUAUAAUAUUCUCUUGCUUCUGCAAGCCAGACUUCCUUCAAAUGACAAAUAUGAUGUAGAGAGAAAUGAAACUAUUUUAAAAUAAAUUAAUAGUUAUUUAAA